ACCCCUCCUUAUAUAUUUCUAAUCUUUUUACUGUUACGAUAACUAGGUAUUUUUAUUUGAAAAACGAAUGGCUGAAAUAGAAAUAAUUUAUCAGUCAGGCGGUUAAACUGAUAACAAAAGAUAAAAAUAAAACAAAUAAGGGACAAUGAAGUUGUGAUAAGUAACGACGUUAACUACACUUUGUUAAGUAACUCUGUUCUGUUGCUGAAUUUUAAACUUUAACUUAAAGGAAGAAUAAGGAUUAGGAACAUUGAAAAUUUCUGUAUUUGAAAUAAUUGGUUAAACAUUUAAACAUGGAACCACAGUUCAUCAACUAUGCUCAAUUUAUAAUUCCAUCGCUGGAAAACAUGGCCAUUGUCCAAAUAGUUGUCAGCUUAUUAGCUCAGCCUGAUGUUAAAAUGGAACUAAAGGAAAUUUUGAAGAAAGUGCAGGAUAAGGAACGUGAACCGUAUGUUGCAGGAUGUUAUAAUUUUCGUGUAAUAGAAAAUAUUAUUCGAAAUAGAUUAAUAUUAUUACGCAUUCCAAAAAAAUUGCACCAAGAAAUUUUAGAUUUCGUCAAACCCAUUGGAUUGCAGAUGAUAAAGUGCUUUGAUAUGAGAAGAUGGGAACACUAUUAUUUCUAUAACUCGAUAGAUAAAGGAACUUUUCAUUGGUCAUCUUGGGGAACUAUUGAUAAAAUCAAAACAUUAGAACAUGCGGUAUUUCAUGACAAUACAGUAUCCAGUUACCCAGAAAUGUUGUUUGAAUUUGCAUGCCAUUGUUGUUGUGAAAAUCUUAUUUUUGACCUUUGGAAUAGAAUGACAAGGAACCAAAAAGAGAAGUUUCGCUCUAAAUAUACAACUAAUUUUAAACUUCCUAGGCGGCGUCUAGAUUAUAACUUAAUUUCUUAUUGGGUUUGCAUUUUGGAGAAUAAACUAUCCAGUUUUUGCAAACAUCACAAAUUCAAUCGAAGAAAACACAGUAUUUCUCACAAUAUGUUAAAAUUAGCUAUUUCUAGUAAGAGUUUUCCUGCAGUUAAAUACUUUUGGCGAGAAUUGGCGAAAGAAGAGAGAACGGAUUAUAACAUAUUACGUUGGCUGGCAAAAGGGGUAAAAGAAUACCUAACAGGACUAUGGCAGCAUAAUUGCCUCAGAUGGUAUGAGAGUCAAAUGCCAAGUGAAUGCACAGACAUCGUUCUGUUUUUGUUGUCACAAUUAAGUGACCAAAAGCAGCAGAAAAUAGUUUUAAAGACUUAUCCCGAAAUGAUUUUAAAAUCACUGUACAACCACUGGCCAUAUAAUCCAUAUUUUUUGCCAACGAUUAAUCAGAUGUGGGAUUAUAUUGAUGCGAAUCUUCACAUGGGAAUAGUAACUAUCAUUGCAACAGAAGCUAUAGAAAGAAAUACGUCUAAAGUAUUAUUUGGAGAAUUGUGGAAAAGCACUCCAGAAUGUAUUAAAGAUCGAUUCAUAAACUCUGGUAGCAACAGAUCUAAAUCUGAACUUCUUAAAUUGGUGAACAUGAUGAGGGGAAAGUGACAAAUACAUCGGAAUGUUGAAUAUGCCGUCGAUGAAUUUUUCAAAUCUGGACACAGUUCGAAAUGCUUGUUUACGGAAAUGGACACUGAUCAAAAUUCCUGUUUAGACUAAAACGGACACAGCAAAAAAUGCGUCAUUUCACUUUUCAAUCCAAAUUUAAUGACUAAACCUAACUUAAUAACCUAACCUAACUUUAAUAACUUAACUUUUCAUUAAUCAUAUAAACGCUAUUUCUUAAAAUAUUUCUUAACUUUUUU